AUAUAUAUAUAUAUAUAUAUAUAUAUAUAGGCAUGUAUGUGUAUGUAUAUAUGUAUGUAUGUAUGUAUGUAUAUAUAUAUAUAUUUCGUAUCUGGCACUGUCCUGUGAACCUUGGUACAUUAUAAGCACACAGACUCUCCCAUACGCACACAUAUUUAUAUAUAAAUAUGUUCUCUCAUUUCUUUCUCUGCUGUCUAUUUCUACUUUUUUCUUGUACCUCUACUUUUUUACUACUACUACUACUACUACUACUUACUACUACUACUACUACUACUACUACGUCUUUAUCUAUCUAUCUAUCUAUUUGUCUGUCUGUCUGUCUGUUUUUCUUGUCUGUCAGAUGUCUGUCAAUCCACAUUUGCUCUUCGCCACAUUCUUCUCGUCUUUACAUCAAUUUCAUACUUCUUCUUUCUCUUCUUUUUUUCUUCUCUCUCUUCUUUCUCUUCUACUUCUCUGAUCUAUUUUUCUUCCCUUCCUUCUCCUCUCCUCUUCUCCUCCUUCUUCCAGUCUUAUACUACUACUACUACUACUACUACUACUACUACUACCUGUUCAUGUUUUCUAGCCUCUCUUACCUCACCCGCACCUCAUGCGCCCCUCCGCCCCGUUCUCGCCUCCAGUUCCCUCUAUUGUCCCCAAUUUCCCUUCGUUUUCUUUUCCUCCAGCUCUCUCCUUCUCUCUCUCCUUCUCUCUCUCCUUCUCCCUUUCUCUCUCUCUCUGUCUUUCAGUUGCUAUCUCUCUCUGUCAGUUGCUCUCUCUCCUCUCUCUCUCUCUCUCUCUCUCUCUCUCUCUCUCUCUCGCAGUCGCUUUCUCUCUCGCUGUUGUUCUCUCUCCUUCUCUGUCCUUUCUCUCUCUUCCACUGUCUGCAAACCUCUCCCCCCCUCCCCCCUCCCCUCUCUCUCUCACCUCAAGAUCUCUUCAUCUCUGAACAAGAAAUUCCCGCCCCCGCACCCCACCCAUUCCUACAAUUUAUUCAUUCAUUUGUAUUUAUUAUUAUUAUUAUUAUUAAUAUUAUUAUUAUUACUAUUAUUAUUAUUAAUUUUAUUACCAUUGCUGUACCUACUUACUUUAUAUUUAUCUAUUUAAUAUAUAUUUUCACUGGAAUAUCUUUCAGAAUCAUGUUUCUUACCUGUUUGUUGCAAAGUCGAAAUGUUUCCUCUCGUACAACUGGAGACAGCAAUAAAUUUACAACAACAUAUCUCGAACUGGAUUACGUGUAUUAUAUAUCAGCCUUAUGUACGCACUUGUGUGGUGGGGUGAAGUGUGCGCAUGAUGAUGAGUAAAUGUGUGAGCGAGUGUGUGUGUAUUUAAUAACGGUUUUUGAGAAGGAUUCUUGAUAGUCACAACAUUUGAAGAAAGAUUUUCUUUUAAAUUAAAAAUUAUAAGUUAUAUGAAAAUAUCUUACGAAAAUAGACUGACAUGAGCCUUAUGGAUGGACUGGACGUUUUUGUAUUAUGCAUGCGUCUUCAAUGUUCAAAACUUUUCAAAUACACGUGUUACGGGGAUAAUUCUAUCGCAUGUGUGUCUAAAAAGCUUUAAACAUCAAAAGCGCUUAACACAAUAAAAAAAAAAUUACUU